AUGGACACUACAAACCGUGGUCUUUCCUACCUCUGCUGCGUCGAUGGCUCUCUGAAGCCGUGGGCAGAGGGUCAAGACGAGGGGGAUGACAAGUACGAGAGCCUGCAGGGCCCAGGCGGUCGCAACCUCACCGGCUCGGUGAAUGACAAGCGCAUUUGCGUACCCCAGAAAAUCGAUCCUAAGACCUUCUUCGCAAAUGAGCGCACGUUCCUGAAAUGGCUGUCGAUUUCUGUGAUGGUGGGCUUGAUGUCUCUGACUCUGCUGAACUUCGGUGACUCCACUAACAACGGUGCGGAGCUAGCUGGACUGGUGUUGCUCCCAGUCUCAAUUGUAUUCAUGGUGUACUCGCUGUUUAUCUUCCGCGAUCGCGCCAACAAGAUCUACAUGCGUGAGCCAAUGCGCUAUGAUGACACGCGCGGUCCAACAAUGUUGGUGCUUGUGCUAGGCUCCGCGCUGACUUUGGCGACGCUCUUUUUGCUGCAGCGUCAGUACACACAGACAGUUGCCUCAUCCUUCUGGGAGUCGGCGCGGUUCUCGCAAUAG